AUGUCGCUCUCUCUCCACGGCGCUGCCCUCUCGACCUGCACCUCGCGCGUGCGUGUUGUCGCUGCCGCUGCUGGCGCCGACAUCAACCUCGUCGUCGAGGACUUUGCCAAGGUCGGCACCGCCGAGUGGGCCGAGUUCCAGCCCUUCAACCAGAUGCCCUACCUUGUCGACGAGGCCACUGGCUUCUCCGUCUUUGAGUCGCGCGCCAUCGCCAAGUACAUCGCCCGCAAGGCCGGCUCGGACCUCGUCCCCUCGUCCGACGACCUCGAGGCUUACGCCCGCUUCGAGCAGGCUUGCUCCGUCGAGCAGUCCAACUUUGACCCCGCCGCCUCUGGCCUCGCGUUCGAGCUCGUCUUCAGCAAGAUGCACGGCGGCGAGACCGACCCCAAGCGCGUCGAGGUCCUCAAGGCCCUCCUCGCCAAGCGUCUUAUCGGCUACGAGCGUAUCCUUGCCAAGAGCAAGUACGUUGCCGGUGACAAGCUUACCAUCGCCGACCUCUUCCACCUCCCCUACGGCCGUAUGGUUGUCAACCUUGGUGUGGCUCCCGGCCUUACCGACGGAUCGCUCCCCAACGUCACCCGCUGGUGGAAGGAGAUCUCCACUCUCCCCGUCUGGACUGAGCUCAUGGCCUAA